AACAAGCAUCACCAUUUGGAUUUCAAGGUCGUCAUGGGAGAAAGACUACCGGACUUGUUCACUCAGGUGGUAGCAAAGUAUUUAGAUGUUUCACAGUACAGCGGAUCCUACACAGAACCUAAGUUCAAGAAUUUGCUGGUGGUUGCAUGUCAGCUUUGUGAAAAAGCGAUGGAGAUGGUGAACGAAUUGCAUUUAUUUAGCAAGAACGAAAGCUUAGAUGAUUUAAGUGCUACUGAAAUAAGGUACUUGUGCCUUCCCGCUCUGCUUGGAUAUUUUAACGCUCAGAAAAGCGAAGACCGGAUAUCUUGUGUUCGUUUGGCACUGUCCCUGUACAAGGACUUUUCCAAAUUGUGUACUGAGUACAGUGUACCUUUUCCACAGGAUCUGUGCAUCAAGGAAAGUCAAAGUGCAAGUGAUUGUUCUAUGUUGGAUAUUGCACGCAGUCGUGAAGUCAAGAUUCAGCGUUACAAACUUAAAAAGACGUUGGAAGAACGCCUAGAAAAACUUGCCACUUACGUCGACCAACCUCAUGUUGAUGAAGAAACUAGGCGUGAGUUCAAUUUAACUCUCGUCCAAAAGUGGCUGUGUGUUGCCCAGGAUGAGAUCAUCAGUUUACAAAAUGAAUUAGAACUGCUCUCAAAAGGUGAUGUGGCGAGUGAAAGCGACGCAGACGUAAAGCUUGCAAAACCUUUCCGGCCGUUCAUCAUAACCCGAUCAGCCGCACAAGCUGCUGUAUUCGGUGCAGGGUAUCCAAGUCUUCCGACAAUGACUAUUGAAGAGUUUUACGAAAAGCAAGUAGCAGCCGGUUUGUUACCACCUCCAAAACCUCUUCCUCAAAAUACAACAGGUCCGAGCGUGACACGUAUUGAUCCUUCCAUAGAAGAACGGAAGGGCCAGGAAAAGAAGAAGGAGAAACAAGAUGAACUGGAAGAUGCUGACGAUCCAGAAUUCUUAUCUAAAGCUAGAGCAUUUGAUGAUUUCAAAGAUGAACAUCGUAGAGGUAGUGGAAACAGGAUGAACAGAGCCUAAAAGCAACUUUUCCUCACAAUUUGAUAUGAUGCUUGUGAUAAAUAAUUUGUACAUAGAUGUUGAAUACAAGUUUAUAAAUUUCGUUCUUCAUUCUUUCUAGUUUAGUUAUUGGAUUGAAUAAAAAAGUCAUUUCUUAUGCCAAAUGAUAUUAUUUUAUGUGGUUUGUUUUCCUCCAUUGUUAGGGUUAGGGUUUCGAUGUUAACUUCUUAUUGUCGCAUAGUUGUUGAGGCUUGUAGAAGUCUACUUUUAAAGUUGAUAAACGUCGAGAUCUUAGUAAUUUCAUCUAAGCUAACUAAUUCUUUGUAAUGAUGGUUUCAUACAAGCUGAUAAGUUCUUGUAGACAACUUUUUCUGUGCAUUAUGUAUACUAGAUUCAAAAGUCAGUAAUUUAAGAGAAAGAAAGGUCAAUAAGUCACCCUAAGGUGGUAGAAUUACAGUAAACAGUUUAUGUAUCUCCAGCUGUUCGCUACCCACUGUUAAAAAUUCAGUUGGAUUCAAACCAGCAAACAUAAACUAUGGUUUAUAAGGUCAGUCGUCAUAGGAUGCUCAACUGCAGCUUGCGAACAGAACUGAGAGCAUCAGAUAAAUUUCAGUUUUGAUAGUAUUUGUAUGUACCAGAUAUUUGCUCAUCAUAUCUUGGAGUACAGUUGUUCCUAUGGAUACUCAACUCUGUGUAUGCUCCUUGAAUUGGAAAUUCACCGUGUAUUUUGUUGAGAAAUAAGAAGCAGGUAGUCAUUUACUCAUCUGCUGUUAACCCAAAAAUAGAUAUCAAAACUUAUUUUUCACUUCUGUUCAUAGUUACCAAGAGAUCGUAUCAAUAUUUCGAGUCAAAUUCAUCUUCUAGUUGGAGAGCAUAGGUUUUUCUCAUCCCAUUUCAUGAAAACAAGCACCUUGUCAUUGAUCUAUACCUUUUUUUUGACUAGAUAGGAUAAUUUUCAUGGAUUUGUACGACCUUUCAGCAUACUAAAUGUCAUCGACGUAGUUGCAUCAAACAAAUAUUCAUUGUAAAUUGUGUUAUAAUUUACUUCAAUAUUAAUGUUUGUUUUUUUUAUUAGGCACUACAAUAAAUAUCCUCCGU